AUGGUCCCUGAUGUCUUUCCAUUGCCUGGCGUUGUCCACGGCAAUCGCGUUGUAGCUACCAUCAUCGAGACCCGAGCGAAAGCCGGCGCCAACACGCAGCCCUGGGUCUCUGUCCCGAUCGAUGACAAUGACAUUUCCGCCGGGUACAGAGAUGUCAGUUUCCAACAACUGAACAAUGCGGCAAACCACGCAGCUCGAUGGCUAAGUCAAGCUCUUCCAGCUACUUCGGAACCCUUUCAAUAUUUCGCCUACGCCGGCCCCAAGGAUCUGCGGUAUCCGUGCCUCGCAGUCGCAGCGGCAAAGCUUCAGAAAGUGAUGGUUCUUCCAUCGCCGCUGCUCACACCGGGGGCUCAGCUGCGGGUUCAGGAAAAGACAAAUUGUAAGCUAUGCCUCCGGCCGUCGGAAAUGGCUGGGCCAGCCAGUAAUAUUCUGCGAAACGCGCCUCAUGUUGAACAAAUUACGGCCUCUGGAAUUGAGGAGUUUUUCCGGGAUGAUGAAGCAGACCCUAUUGUUUAUAGUAAGACAUGGGAUGAAGGAAAAGAGGAUCCUUGGCUGGUGUUCCAUACCUCGGGAACGACAGGACAUCCAAAGCCGGUGACAUAUUCGCAACAGAUGAUGGCCACCCCCAAUACCGCGGCUUCUCUGCCAGAUUUUAAACCAAGCCAAAUUCAUCAAUCGGCUCAAGCACGAUACUACACACCUUUGCCCGCUCUGCAUAAGCAGGCGGGUAUUAUAAUAUCCUGCAUGACAACAAAGACCUGUGGGAAUGUCUCUUUCCAGAGGGACAUCGGCGCAGAAUUCCACCACCGCAUGAAAGGCAUCCACGAGCUCGUCUUCGUGCGCUGGCCGGAAUUCCGGCUGCAGCCCAUCUUCCAACUCUAUCCGAACCUCCAAACCUUCGAGACAAAUGAUCUGUUUAUCGAGCAUCCAGAACACAAGGGGCUAUGGAAGAUCAUCGGCCGCAAGGAUGACUAUGUCUAUCUAGUGCAUGGGGAUGGAAUCCACGCUGCCCUCCUGGAAGAAGAAAUCGUCGCGCAUCCGAGCGUCAAGGCAGCGGUUAUUGGCGGCUUUGGACGUCCGGUCCCUGUUCUUCUGGUGGAGUUAGUCCCCGCUGCAGAGGCGGAUGAUGUUGAUGCGCUGAAAAGGAGCCUCGAACCCUAUAUUGAGAAAGCCAAUGUGCAUUGUCAUGACGUUGUGAAGCUUUCCUCUGAGCGACUGAUCGUUGCCAAGAAAGAGAAACCGUUUGUCACGACACUUAAGGGAAAUGCAUUGAGGUUGCAGACUUUGGAGCUGUAUGAGGAGGAAAUACCAGCUCUGUUUGAAUAG